UAUUGACUGACUAAUAAAAUGUUUGCAGAAAAAAUUAAUCAUAAGAUAGACACAGGGUGAUUUAACUGUUUUCCGCAACAACAACAAAACGGCUGUUCAUUUUCAUAUGUUACCUCUCAUUCAGCCGCAUUAGAUAAGAUUGGGAAAGGAAAACAUGCCGUUGUCGGAAAUUGUGAGUGGUUUAUCAACAAAUCCUUAUUUCGGAGCAGGUUUUGGCCUUUUCGGUAUAGGCGCUGCUGCUGCUAUCUUGCGAAGAGGUUCACAAGGUGCUUUAAUUCUAUUCAGACGGCAUAUGAUGAUUACGUUGGAAGUGCCUUGUCGCGAUAAGUCUUAUCAGUGGUUAUUACAGUGGAUUACUGUGAGAGGAGCUAAGGAGACGCAACAUCUCAGCGUAGAAACGUCAUUUAUACAAAAAGAAACUGGCCAAAUACGUACUAAAUAUGAUUUUAUACCCAGCAUUGGUAAACAUUUAAUGCGCUAUAAAGGUAUUUGGAUUCAAGUAGAACGAACGCGAGAACAACAAACAUUGGACCUGCAUAUGGGUGUGCCAUGGGAAAGUGUUACUCUAACGGCAUUUGGUCGGAAUAAGCAAUUAUAUUUCGAUAUACUUGAAGAAGCACGUUUACUCGCACUGGAAGCGACGGAAGGUAAAACGCUUAUGUAUACUGCUAUGGGUUCGGAAUGGCGUCAAUUUGGGCAUCCGCGUCGCAGGCGCCCGUUAUCAUCAGUUGUACUAGAAAAAGGUGUCGCCGAGCGAAUUGUAACUGAUUGUAAGGAAUUCAUUGGAAAUUCACAAUGGUAUAUCGACCGUGGAAUACCAUACCGGCGUGGCUACUUACUGUACGGACCACCAGGCUGCGGCAAAUCUAGCUUUAUUACAGCCCUAGCGGGUGAAUUAGAAUAUGGUAUUUGCUUAUUAAAUUUAUCCGAACGAGGUUUAACCGAUGAUCGGUUAAAUCAUCUUUUGAACGUCGCGCCUGAACAAUCAAUCAUAUUGUUAGAGGAUGUAGACGCCGCUUUUGUUUCACGUGAAGAUGUAAAACAACAGGCAGCAGCAUAUGAGGGACUUAAUCGCAUCACAUUUAGCGGUUUGCUUAACUGUCUAGAUGGCGUAGCUUCCACAGAAGCACGUAUUGUAUUUAUGACAACAAAUUAUUUAGAACGUUUAGAUCCAGCUCUAAUACGUCCCGGUCGGGUUGAUGUAAAAGAAUAUGUUGGCCACUGUGAUACACAUCAGCUGGAGGAAAUGUUUCUACGUUUCUAUGGGAAGCAAGAAAAUUUGCCACAAAAAGCUGCAAAGGAAUUUGCAAAAUGUGUAUUAGCAGAUGGCCGUAAAGCCAGUCCCGCACAAGUCCAAGGUUAUUUUAUGCGUCACAAAACUGCCACAAUCAAUGAGGUGCUAAGGCAUACCGCUGAAAUAUGGGAAGGUAGCUUGUCUACAGCACUGCAAGAGGAACCAGUUACUGUGAAAGCAAGCGCAGCGUAGAUACAUUUUACAAACUUUUGAACGGAAGCGUACAUUUAAAACCUGUUAACUUAAUUCAUAAAAAAAAAAAUUGCCAAUAUAAUUCACGUUUAAAAAAUAAAA